GGGCGGCAGCGGCGGGGAGCGGCGGGGACGGGCACCGCGGGGCGGCAGCGGCGGGGACGGGCACCGCGAGGCGGCACCGGCAGCGGCGGUUGAGGACAGCAGGAGAUCGACAUGGAGAGGCUGGUGGAGCGGCUGGAGGUGGCCGUGGAGCGCCUGGAGACCAUGUACCAAGGGCCUGGCCCCCAGGGGAACGGCUCCUCCAAAGGGCUGGCUCAGUACGUGCAGGCCUUUGAUGCCCUUCUGGCUGGCCCAGUGGCUGAAUACAUCAAGAUCAGCAAAGAAAUUGGUGGAGAUGUGCAGAAGCAUGCUGAGAUGGUUCAUGCAGCCUUGAUGAGUGAGAGGGCUCUUCUGGUGACAGCAUCUCAGCGUCAGCAGCCAACAGAGGGCGCCUUCUCAUCGCUGCUCAAACCCAUCUCGGAGCACAUCCAGCUGGUGCAGAGCUUCAGGGAGAAGAACAGGGGCAGCAAACUGUUCAACCACUUAUCAGCAGUCAGCGAGAGCAUCCCAGCCCUGGGCUGGGUGGCCAUGGCCCCAAAGCCCUGUCCUUACGUGAAGGAGAUGACUGAUGCUGCCAUGUUCUACACCAACCGUAUCCUCAAGGAGUACAAGGACGUAGAUAAAAAGCAAGUGGACUGGGUGAAAGCUUACCUGAGUAUCUGGACGGAGCUGCAGGCCUAUAUCAAAGAGUAUCACACCACGGGGCUGACUUGGAGCAAAACAGGUCCUGUAGCGACAGAGGUGGGUAAAUCGGCACCAGCCGGGCCCGCCCCGCCCCCGCCGGGCCCCCCGCCCCCUCCCGCCCCCGCCAGCUCCAGCUCCGCCUGCGACGAGGCCGCGUCCCGCUCUGCCCUCUUCGCACAGAUCAACCGGGGAGAAGGCAUCACCUCGGGCUUAAGACAUGUUUCAGAUGACAUGAAGACCCACAAGAACCCGGCACUGAAGAACCAAGGGGGUCCUGUGAGAAGUGGACCCAAACCUUUCACUGCUCCCAAGCCAGCCUGCAAUGCCAAUCCCUCCCCAAAAACCUCUCCAAAGGCACCUGCCUUGCUAGAGUUAGAGGGCAAGAAGUGGCGAGUGGAAAACCAGGAGAACGCCACCAACCUGGUGAUCAGCGACACGGAGCUGAAGCAGGUAGCAUACGUGUUCAAGUGCACAAACAGCACACUCCAGAUCAAGGGCAAGAUCAACUCCAUCACCCUGGAUAACUGUAAGAAGCUGGGGCUGGUGUUUGAUGACGUGGUAGGCAUCGUGGAGAUCAUCAACAGCAGGGACAUUAAAGUCCAGGUGAUGGGUAAAGUGCCAACGAUUUCCAUCAACAAGACAGAUGGCUGCCACGUGUACCUGAGCAAGGGCUCCCUCGACUGCGAGAUCGUCAGUGCCAAGUCGUCCGAGAUGAAUGUGCUCAUUCCCGCGGACGGGGGGGACUUUACUGAAUUCCCCGUCCCAGAACAGUUCAAGACAGUGUGGAACGGUCAGAAGUUGGUCACCACUGUGACGGAAAUUGCCGGCUAAGCAGAACAGCUCCGAGGCUCGUGCCCUCCCCUGGCCCUGCUGUGGGACGAAGCUGCUUUCAGAUGAUUCUUUUAGAUUUCUUGUACCUUUCUGCUCUCAAACUGCUUCUCUUCUGCCCGAGAGACACGGCUGCCUGCCCUCGCUGACACGCCUCUGCCUGGGCGUUGCUGUGGGUGGCAGGUCAGCCACUGUCCACACCUAUUAGCAGGAAGGUGCACUUUCUUCUCCCCUUGUCCCCUCUCACUGCACCCAUUGAUCAGGUCAGAUUCCAGGGAACUCCACAGCCAGAACUGGCACUUGGCUCUCAGAGCAGUGCUCGGUUUCUGGGAUAUUGCCUUUAAGCAAACUGCUUGUGUGAGAGAGAGCUGUUGUCCCUUUGGUGUCUGCUGGGGUCUGGUUUCCCACUUGCCGUGGCAGAUGUCUCUAGAUCCUGGGAGCUGCUCACUCCAGCUCUGUGCAGCAGCUCGUGGCGCUGCAGGACACGGCAGUGGCUGUGGGACCAAAGGCUGAGGACCUGGCCCGUACCAUUCCACCCCCAUUUCUCUUUCAUUCCUACUUGCUGAGUGUAUUUCUGAUUGUGCCAUGACAGGCUUUUUAUUACCCAGUGCCACAGGAAAAGCACCGUGGCAGAACCACGGUUCCCCCCUUGGCCGGUGGCCUGGAGCUGAGCACCUCUUAUUCCAGCAGCCCUCCACCCUCACAAGGGAACCUUUGCCCCAGGGAGCAGCUGGACUCAGGUUCAGGCUUCCAGGACAGUUCUGAGCGCUCUCUCCUGCAGAGGAAGGGCCUCCUUCAUUCCAGGGUCAGUAGUGCAGUGUUGUAAAUACCUGAGCAGGAUCAAGUCGGUUCAUCACUCUCUCCCUCGUCUGCAGUCGGUCCCCAUAAAGUGAAUCCUCUCAGCUUCCCCUCUCCCUGUUGCUUGACUCUUUACUUUGGUGGAAUCUGUAGCCUCUGUUCCAGGGCCCUGGAGCAGUGGUGGAUCUAAGACCCGGUACUGUACUGACCCAUAAAGGGAGCUGCACGUGCUUUGACCUUCCUUUCUGCAGCGCCUGGGGUGGCAGAAGCUGUGUGAGAUGCAUUUCCUCUGUCAGUGUCAAUGUUCUUCUUCUCUAGGACAAAACUUACAAAAAAAUAUGCAAUUUUUUAAUUUGAGACUGUCCUGUGACUUGUAACUCGUCUGCUCCUGAGGCUGUGGAAAAACCUUUCUUAUGUACUUAAGAUUAUACAGAAGAUAGAAUAAAGAUAAUGCCAACUUGCUCAGUA